GAAUAUGGUGGGAUGGUCUAAGGUUGGAAGAAACGAACCCGCAAGCAGCGAGCAACCACCGCACGUUGCGACCUCCGUCUACGCCCAACCUGCCGUUUGUCAGUCCGGCCCCGGAAUUGGCAGCAGCUAGCCGGGCCGGCCAUUGGCGUCUGGCGAGGCUCAUGCGGCGAGGGGAGGGGGAGGGGUAGAAUGGGCAACGUGACGUCGUCGGUGGCGGCGAGGCUGGCCUUCUUCCCUCCGGAGCCGGCGACGUACGAGGCGCUGCCGGUCCAGGACGGCUCCGGGCUGCUGCACAUAACAGGGGUGUCGCCGGACGCCGGCGUCGAGGUGCGCGCGCUGCCUACCAGGGCCGGCACGCGCGUCGUCGCUGCCUUCUGGCGCCACCCCGCCGCCAGACUCACGCUGCUCUACUCCCACGGCAACGCUGCCGACCUCGGACAGAUGGUCGGGCUCUUCCUCGAGCUCCGCGCGCACCUCCGCGUCAACAUCAUGAGCUAUGAUUAUUCAGGCUAUGGUGCCUCUACAGGAAAACCAUCAGAGUACAACACAUACUACGACAUAGAGGCUGUUUAUGAUUGUUUGAAAAAGGAGUAUGGGAUAGAAGAAGAGGAUUUAAUCCUAUAUGGGCAAUCAGUUGGAAGUGGACCAACAUUGCAUUUGGCCUCACGUUUGGAAAAGUUAAGAGGGGUUGUCCUUCACAGUGGUAUACUCUCAGGCAUACGGGUUCUGUAUCCAGUGAAAGUGACACUUUGGUUUGAUAUCUUCAAGAACAUCGACAAAAUAAAGCAGGUUGACUGCCCAGCGCUGGUCAUACAUGGCACAGCCGAUGACAUUGUCGACUUCUCGCAUGGCAAGCGCCUGUGGGAGCUAGCGAAGGAAAAAUACGAGCCUCUAUGGAUCAAAGGCGGCGGUCACUGCAACCUGGAAACUUAUCCUGAAUACAUCAGGCACUUGCGGAAGUUCAUAAACGCGAUGGAGAAGCUCUCGAAAGAUAAAGCGGCAAAGGCACCUCAAAUGCUGCCUUCGUCGAGCAUCACCGAAGUAAAACACGACAAGUGCUUGAGAUUUGGAAAGAGAUGAAACGAACUCUUCACCAUUUUAGCUGUUAACCAUGUUGCUGCUUGUAUACAAGUUGAAGAAAUAAUAGAAGUCAGCCAAGCGGAUGGGAUUCGUUGUUGUCUCUGAUGCCGCCCAGUAUAUGCAGCAGCCUAGCUUAUGGUCCGUACGAGUUCAGAUUAGACAGACUUGUGGCUACAAUGUGCUGGAGAUGCCAAGCAAACUGGUAUUGUACCCGUGAGCUGAAUCGGGAGAGUCUAGUGGAUGCCACAAAUUAGCCUGUUCCUAGUUCAUUGAUUUUCUUUUCCUUACAUUUUUUCUCACUUGUAAUGUAGUCAUUGUGCAAAAGAUUUGAUUCUGAUUGAUUUCAACAAAGUGCACUGUAAGGCUUUAGUCC